AUGCAUAUCUACUUCAGCUCCCUCGAACGCCUACACUUCGCCAAACUAGCCCCGGCUCCCACUCCCCCGUCCAAACACCUCGACUUCUGCUGCGACUAUUCAGGCACCGGCUCCAAUCCCAAGACCCUGAAGCAGCGCCGAAGAGAACGUCAGGCCAGGCUCGCUGCUGACCAGGGCCCUGACCGCAUCAAGAGACGCUCGUCUCACCGUGCCGUCGGUCCCCGCUCGUCGGCCGCGUCCGUGUACGUGCGUCUGCCGGACAAGAUCAAAAAGAGGCAUCUGACGACGGAAGAGCAAAUCAUUGCCUCCCGGAACCGGAGACACGACAUCAUUCUCGACCCGGCGGAUGAGGCUGUCUACAAGGUCCGAAGAAGAGCGUCCAGCCUGACAAUCCAAGACGAGUUGUGGAGCCCGACCUUGUCCGUGAGACCUCAGACGAUGGAGGACAGGCCAAGCCAGGAGCCGCACGAGCGGGCGGCCAAGGUUGCGGAGCAGAGGUCGUCGCCGCCUCAGAAGAAGCGUGACUCUUUCUACGACAGUUUCCGGUGGCUCGAGGAGGAUGACGAGCUGGACCUUCGCUUGCAGCUGGACGACUACCACGCCAACUUGAGAGAUGACCUCCCCGCCAACCCGGAACAGCGCAGGCCGUCGUUCCGCAGGCGCUUGUCCAUCAGCAAGAUCCCCUUUGGACGCACGUCUCUCUCGUCGUCGAGCCGUCCCGGCACUACGCCAGGCGUCUUCAGCGACCCUUCGUCCCCGCGCCUGCCAGACUAUUCGAGCAGCCCCGGCGCAGCGUCCUCGUUCAGCCAUGCCCGGCGGAGAUCGCGCGCGCUGUCGCUGAUUUCGCCCAAGCAUAGCCCGCAGGACUCCCUUGCGGCUUUCGACCCGGAGGCGGCACACUACAAGGACCCGGAGGCGCGUCUGAAGCUGCGGGUGUACCUCGCGUCCCCUCAGAAGUUUGACGAGGCCAUCGAGUUCGGCUUCCCUUCCAAAGAGGCCAUGGUGUCGCAGCCGGGCAGGGACGCUAAGCAGCAGCCCAAGGCCAGAUCGCCCAAGGCGGCGGACGAGACGGACAAGAUGCGUACGUUCCUCGCGGACGACAGGUCUUCGAUCUCGAGCGACGAUGGAUCCCUCGACUCGGACUCGCCCAAGACGCCUCACACUGUGGAGAUGGCGGGGCUUAGGCCGCCGCCCAUCAGAGACGACCAGCUCCAGUCGCCCAAGCCAUCGACCGAGUACGCACGGAUGCCGGCAGAGGCAAGGGAAAUGACUCUGCGCAUGACGCUCACACGGCCGGAUCUCCGAGCCCACGAGGACCAGAUGUACGGGUGGCAGAAGAACUGGGCAGCCGGCAGGAAAUCGACCAACGGGCUGCGCGACGACUUCCCGACGGCCACGUACGUCCGUGAUGCGUCGUCCAAGGAGAGCAUCGAGCGCCAGUUCGCGGCCAUGGAUCAGGAGAACGUUCAGGCGAGCGACCAGGGCGUCAUGAAGCGUUUUUGGAACAAGGUCCGACGCGGACCCGCAUAA